AUGGCUAUCCUCUCUGCUAUCGCAACUUCUUGUCUGAUCUCUUUUAUUACAUACAAAUUGAUCUUUUGCAAUUCAGAGGACGCACAGUAUAUCGGCUACAAUCCGUAUGUUGUUCUCAUUUACAAUCUAAUAUUGGCAGAUUUGCAACAGUCACUCGCAUUCAUGAUUUGUUACAAAUGGAUUGCAGAAAGUAGGAUCGAAGCGGCCGCAGCCGCUUGCAUUCUGCAGGGGCUCUGGUUACAAAUCGGGGAUCCUUCAAGCGGAUUUUUUGUGCUGUCAAUUGCUAUUCACACCUUCCUGUUGGUUGCAAUGAGACGUCGGCUGAAACAUCGAGUGUUCGUUUCUGGUGUUGUCGGCCUGUGGCUCUUUAUCAUCAUCUUGACGGUCAUUCCAAUUGGAAUUCAUGGAAGAUCCGUUUUUCUCUCAUCUGGUGCCUGGUGUUGGAUUAGCGAGGACUACGAGUCGAUCCGUUUAUGGACUCAUUAUUUCUGGAUUUUCUUGUCGGAAUUUGGCACCGUCUGCCUUUACACAGCCAUGGGCCUGCAGCUUCAUCGCCGUUAUACGCAGUCGGCCCUGGUGGGAAACAGACAUUCCGAAAGUCUCAAUCAGCUGCGUCGCGUUGUUGGAUACAUGGCAAUCUAUCCGAUAGCGUACAUCAUUCUCUCGCUGCCUCUUGCCAUUGGUCGCAUGGCUACCACCAAGAACCGCAGCCCCAGCGCGCUUUAUUUUUGCGUUGCUGGUACGAUGAUGGCAAGUUCGGGUCUAGUUGAUGUGUUAGUGUACUCCCUUACCCCACGCAGACUACUCGUUGAACUAGGUUUUAACAACGAUCGUAUCGUCCACUCAGUCCACGAUGGCAAGGAAAGAAAAGGCGUCAACCCAGAAAAUUUCACCAUGAAUUCUGCAAAUACGAGAACGGAAAUAUGCGCAAACUGUACAAAUGUCACAGCGCAUUUCGACUCGACGGGGACCACUAUACAGUCUCCUGACACAAGCCCCGUACCAAUGGGACAAGUGCAUCUACAUAGAACAUUCGAUGUCAACCGUGAACCCUGA